GACAUUUUUAAUGAGCGGUGAUCGGAAUACAUUAUCUAAAAUCAAUUAAAACUUCGAUCCAAAAAUUCUUGGAUUUUAGAAAUGCUGAAUUUUACGCUUCUAAAGUAAAAGAGCACGAUUUCAUUUUAAUAACAAAAAUAAAAUAUUUAAAUAAAAUGUAUUUUCGUACAAAUUGCAAUUUUCAGAUAUAUUCCAUUUCGUAGAUUUUCUCGUGGAAACUAGCCUUAAUAUAGAACGCCAAUAUAAAACGUCAUUGUAAUGUCAACUAAUCAACUCAAAUAAUACUUAUACUAGAUAUAUAAUAUACUAGAAAAUAUUCGGGAUAGUUGUUUCUUUUCCUCAUAAAUGUUACAUAUAUUAGUUUCAUGUGAAGAAUUCGUUCUAGAAUCGAAUCUCUAACGAAAAUGGUAAUAUUGAAGAUAAGAAUGACUCCAGCGUAACCUUAGAGUUUGUUCUACUGUAACAAGCUUUCUUGAUUGUUGAGUUUAUUUUAGAGAGUAAAGCUUGUUAGCUGUAUUAUAUAAGCAAUAUGGCAAGUCCAUCACCUCAAAACAGCCCCAUGCCCCCACCACAAGCUCCCAGUCCUAUGGGACCACCUCCCUCUCAAAGUCCAGCACCACCUUCUCCAGUUUCUCAACCUCAGUACCAAGGAGGUCCGCCACAACCUACCGGAUAUCCAAACCAAUAUCCAGGGCAUUCUCAAAUGCCUCCCAACUCGGAACAUCCGCCUAUGCAUGGACCACCACAUCAUCAGUACCCACAGGGUUAUCCACAACAAACGCCACCACCACCAUCUCAGAAUCAUCCUGGACAUGGGCCACCACAAGGACAUGCACCUCCACAAGGUCAUGGUCCACCACAAGGGCAUAUUCCUCCUCAGGGACAUGUCCCACCUCAAGGACAUGUACCACCUCAAGGACAUGCGCCACCUCAAGGACAUGCGCCACCUCAAGGACAUGCGCCUCCACAAGGUCAUGUACCUCCACCAGGACAUAUACCUCCUCCAGGGCAUGUACCACCUGGACAUCAGACCCAUCCACAACCUCCUGGACAUAUUCCUCCUUCUGGUGGAAUGCAUCCUGGUCAUUAUCCUGGUGGUCAUCCAAUGCCACAAGGCCCUCCAAAUCAGCCAGGACAACCACUUCAAGGUAGAAAUGCGGAUAAUUUACAUGCUUUACAAAAAGCUAUUGAUACUAUGGAAGAAAAAGGCUUACAGGAUGAUCAGAGAUAUUCACAGUUACUUGCAUUACGGGCUAGAUCAAAUCCGGGAAGUGGUAAUGGUGUUUUAACAACGUUACAAAUGAAUCAGUUAAGAAAUCAAAUAAUGGCAUACAGAUAUUUGGCAAGAAAUCAGCCUAUACCGCAUUCUAUAAUGUUAGGAUUACAAGGUAAGAGACCUGACGGGUCACCUCAGUUUCCAACACCCCCUUCUAGCCCAUUUCAGCCACAAGCAGGAAGUACAGCACCGACUGGAGAGCAACCACCAGUGUCCGGAGACAAUACUGUAGAAGGUGCUCCUUCAGUUCCUGGUGGGACACAAGGUGCCCAAAAUAGUUCGAACCAGCAAAGAGCACAAAACAGUCAGUUGGUUCCUAAUAAGCAGACACGUUUUACUACAAUGCCCAAACCAAGUGGAAUUGAUCCGCUGGUCUUGCUUCAAGAAAGAGAGAGCAGAGUUGCUUUUAGAAUAGCUGCUAGAAUAGAACAAGUUAGCAAUCUACCCAGCAAUCUCUCAGAAAAAGUGAAAAUGCAAGCUCAAAUAGAACUUAGAGCUUUGAGGUGCCUGAACUUCCAAAGACAAUUAAGAAGUGAGAUAUUGAAUUGCAUAAGGAGGGAUGUCACAUUGGAAACGGCAGUUAAUUUCAAAACAUAUAAAAGAACAAAACGCCAAGGACUAAGAGAAUCAAGAGCAACAGAGAAAUUAGAAAAGCAGCAGAAAUUGGAGGCAGAAAGGAAGAGAAGGCAAAAGAAUCAAGAAUUUUUGAAUGCCGUGUUAAAUAAUGGCAAAGAAUUUAAAGAGUUCCACAAACAGAAUCAAGCUAAGCUGGCUAAAAUUAACAAAGCUGUUAUUAACUAUCAUGCUAAUGCUGAAAGAGAACAAAAGAAAGAAGCCGAGAGGAGAGAGAAAGAGCGUAUGUUGAGAUUGAUGGCCGAAGAUGAAGAAGGUUACAGAAAAUUAAUUGAUCAAAAGAAAGACAAACGUCUUGCAUUUUUAUUGUCACAAACCGAUGAAUAUAUAACUAAUCUCACAGAAAUGGUAAAACAGCACAAAUUAGAUCAAGCAAAUAAGAAAAAGGAAGAAGAAAAGCGAAAAAAGAAACAACAAAGGAUGCAACAACCUGAUAGAAGAGUGACAGUUUUAGAAACUGCAACCGGUAAAAAAUUAUCAAGAGAAGCUGCCCCUACUUUCAGACAAGUACAAGAAUGGUUGCAACAACAUCCAGGCUGGGAAAUGGUUGAUACAGAUGAUGAAGAUGAAGAUGGCGAGAAGAGAGAUGAUGAAACAUAUGAUGAAAAUAAGGAUGUUGAUGCUAAGGAAGUUAUUAAAAAAGCUAAGGCAGAAGACGAUGAAUAUCAUAAGAACACUAAAGAAGAACAAACUUACUAUAGUAUCGCCCACACUGUUCAUGAAGUGGUAACGGAACAGGCAUCUAUUAUGGUAAAUGGUCAACUAAAAGAAUACCAAAUCAAGGGUUUGGAAUGGAUGGUUUCAUUGUAUAACAACAAUCUAAAUGGAAUAUUGGCAGAUGAAAUGGGUUUGGGAAAAACUAUACAGACUAUUGGUUUAUUGACACACUUGAUGGAAAAAAAGAAAUUGAAUGGUCCCUUUUUGAUUAUAGUACCUUUGUCCACACUUUCGAAUUGGAUGCUAGAAUUCCAAAAAUGGGCACCAUCUGUUGUUGUAAUAUCUUACAAAGGCUCCCCAGGUAUGAGAAAAGUAAUCCAGAGUCAAUUGAAAGCAGCUAAGUUUAAUGUUCUGUUAACCACCUAUGAAUACAUCAUCAAAGACAAAAGUGUCUUGGCAAAGAUACCUUUCAAAUAUAUGAUCAUAGAUGAAGGUCAUCGUAUGAAAAAUCAUCAUUGUAAAUUGACACAAGUUUUGAAUACCCAUUAUUUAGCCCCAUACAGAUUACUUUUAACUGGUACUCCACUACAAAAUAAAUUGCCAGAAUUAUGGGCUUUACUUAAUUUUUUGUUGCCUUCUAUAUUCAAAAGUUGUUCUACAUUCGAACAAUGGUUCAACGCUCCUUUUGCAACUACAGGAGAAAAGGUUGAGUUGAACGAGGAAGAAACUAUUCUGAUCAUUCGACGUCUUCACAAAGUUCUUAGACCGUUUCUAUUGAGACGGUUGAAAAAAGAAGUAGAGUCACAGCUUCCCGAUAAAGUGGAAUAUAUAAUAAAAUGUGACAUGUCUGGUUUGCAAAAAGUGCUAUAUCUACAUAUGCAGACAAAAGGUGUGUUACUUACUGAUGGAUCAGAGAAAGGUUCUAAAGGUAGAGGCUCAAAGGCUCUCAUGAAUACCAUUAUGCAACUGAGAAAAUUGUGUAAUCAUCCAUUCAUGUUUCCUAAUAUCGAAGAGAAAUACUGUGAUCAUGUCGGUAUCGCCGGUGGUGUUGUUUCUGGCCCUGACACUUACAGAGUAUCAGGAAAAUUUGAAUUGUUGGAUAGAAUUUUACCCAAAUUAAAAGCUACGAAUCACCGAGUGCUACUUUUCUGUCAGAUGACUCAAUUAAUGACCAUAAUGGAAGAUUAUUUCAAUUGGAGAGGCUUCAAAUACCUUCGAUUAGAUGGUACUGUAAAAGCGGAAGAUCGAGCUGAUCUUCUUACUAAAUUCAAUGAUAAAAACAGCGAAUAUUUCUUGUUCUUAUUAUCUACGAGAGCCGGUGGCUUAGGUUUGAAUUUGCAAAGUGCAGAUACAGUCAUUAUAUUCGAUUCCGAUUGGAAUCCACAUCAGGAUUUACAAGCCCAAGAUCGUGCCCAUCGUAUAGGUCAACAAAACGAAGUUAGAGUUUUGCGUUUGAUGACAGUUAACUCUGUAGAAGAACGUAUAUUGGCCGCCGCCAAAUAUAAACUUACUAUGGACGAAAAAGUUAUUCAAGCCGGUAUGUUCGAUCAAAAAUCGACGGGAUCCGAACGACAACAGUUUCUACAAAGUAUUUUACACAAUGAUGGUAGUGACGAAGAAGAGGAAAACGAAGUGCCAGACGAUGAAACAGUGAACCAAAUGAUAGCAAGAACCGAAGAGGAGUUCCAGUUGUUCCAAAAAAUGGAUUUGGAAAGGAAGGAAGAAGAGGAAAAGUUGGGCGUGCACAAGAAAUCUCGUUUAAUACAAGAAAGUGAACUUCCCGAUUGGUUAACGAAACCUGACGAUGACGAAAGUAAUUGGGGAGAUGAUUAUACCGAAGUAUUAUUGGGAAGAGGAACACGACAAAGGAAAGAAGUCGAUUAUGCUGAUAGUUUAACAGAAAAAGAAUGGCUAAAAGCUAUCGACGAAGACGGCGAUUACGAUGAUGACGAAGAAGAGGAGAAAGAAUUGAAAAAGAAGAGAGGUAGAAAGAGGAAAAAGCGAGACGAUUCAGAUGACGAAGGGACGAGUAGUACAAGGAGACGUAAACUACCUCAAAGCCAAAUUGAAGCUAGGUUGAAGAGAAAGAUGAGAAAAUUAAUGAACAUCGUUACCAAUUACAAAGAUAGGGACGGUCGACAAUUAAGUGAUCAAUUCAUAAAACUUCCACCAAGAAAAGAAUAUCCAGACUAUUACACAAUCAUUAAAAAGCCAAUGGAUAUAACAAAAAUUUUGAAUUUCAUAGAAGAUGGAAAGUAUUCCGAUUUCUCCGAUUUGGAACGCGAUUUUAUGUUGCUUUGUCAAAAUGCUCAGAUUUAUAAUGAAGAAGCGUCUAUGAUCCACGAAGAUAGUAUCGUUUUGCAAUCUGUGUUUUCUAGUGCAAAACAAAAAGUAGAAGCGUCUGCUGAUUCGGACGACGAUAAAGAUGAAAACAAUUCCGACAGUGAAAUUAAUAAGAGCAAAAACAAACCAGUUAAAGGUAAAAGACGACCCGGAAGACCAAGAAGAAUAGUCAAGAAAUACGUUUCUGACGACGACGACGAUGAUGACUGAAAAUAUACUUAGAAGAAUAGUUGAAUAUGUGCACACGUAGUUAAAAGGAUUAUUACCUGAAAUAGAUGAAUAUUGCAUUGUUCAUAAAGUACUUUAUUUUCUAUUUUUUUUUUUUAACGAAGGAUGGAUUAUUUGAUUUUGUGUUAAGGAAAAACAUCUUAGUUUCAAAUCAUUAAUUUCUUUUCUUGCAUUCUCUCGAAAUACUUUGUUAUUUGGCAAUUCUAUUAUUAAAAUAAAACUCUUAUUUUAAUCAAUGUAAUUUUUAUCAAAGUUGGCAAUUUCCACAAUAAUUUUAUUCAAUAAAAAAAAUACUUUUGAUUAACUAAUUUUAAUUAUAAUUUUUUUCAAUUUAAAUGCAAAUUCUAUUUGUUUAGUGUCAAAUAACCAAUGUUUGUUCUUUCUUUAGCUCCAUAAGUUAAAUGGCCACUUCAAGCAUCUGUUUUGAGACAUAAAAAAAUAAUUUCAACUAGAAUGAUUUAUUUUUACUUUUUUUCGGGAUUUUUUGAAAACUGAUGACUAUAAAAAAUUAAUAUCAUUUUCACACAUUCAAUUUGAAUAAGGAUUUUUUUUAGUGUUAAAUAAAUGAUGUGUACAUUAUUUAUAUUGAAUUUUAAACAAAUAAUUAGCCGCUUCACUCAAUUAUCUAGAUGUUUUCUCUUUAUUUGUAAAAAUAUACGUAUUAAAAGAAAUAAAUGUACUCUAAUAAGUAUCAACUUGAAAAUAAUUUAAUUUAUCGCAUUAUAUACAGGGAUAUACUAUUUUGUGAUUAAGGUUUAGAACAAGAAAUAAAUCGCUGUAUGCAACAAA